UACAUACUCGUAUAGUUAUACCAGAGCCAGUCAUGGAGAUGGUGAAAGAUCCGAAGUGGGUCUCUCCAUUCUCGUCUGAGAAGAUUCUAGCGACACUCAGCUGUCGUCUGGAGCCGUCGUCUCCACUAGCGGUUGACGAGGAGGACAUGGAGACGAGGCCAGAGGAGAGAGAUAACUUUCUAUCACUGCUGGACCGACGAUGA